CUCAUUCUCACCUGUACAAGUCAGACGUGCAGACACACACACACACACACACACACACACACACACACCAUGGCGAGUGUCGGGAUGCUGCCGAGUGGGAUGUCUAUCUGCUGCUCACUCCCUGAUAUCUUCUUCUUACCUGAACUCGUGUUCGGGGGCUUGGUGUGGAUUUUGGUAGCGUGUACACAGAUUGUUCCCGCUAACCCUCAGGCGUACGUCAUGGCCGUGUCGCUGUUCUGCUUCUGCGUGACUUUCCUCUGGAUGAUGAUCUUCCUGUGUGGAACUCAUAACAGCCGAUCGUCCUGGGCUGGCGCUGACGUGUUGUAUCAUGGGUUGGCUGCCAUGCUGUAUCUCAGUGCUUCAGUGUUCCUCGCGCAGGUCACCAUUGGUUUUGGCUACGCCUAUCAGGCUGUCACCUCGAGUAUGACGACCGCCAGCCCAGAAGGCGUCUCUGCUGUCCUAUACUUCUACAGACUGGACAUCUCCGCUGUGGUGUUCUCCUUCAUGGCCACGCUGCUCUACACCCUGCACGCCAUCUUCUCUGGCAUCCGCUGGAAGACGUUUUAAACCAAAGACUUUCAAACUUUCAAACAUAUAUAUAUAUAUGUGUGUAUGUGUGUGUGUGUG